AUGAGGCCGGGACAGGAAACCAGCUCGCCAGGUGAGCCUGCAUGCCUGAGGCUUGAAAUUCAAGAUCACGGGAUCAAGGAGCCUAGAGGAAGUCAUGUGAUGAGAGCGCCUGACUCAGCAUCCAUUGACGCGGCCCGAGGGCAGGCGGCGGAUCGAGAUGUGUCGCUUGCGGCUCCUCUCAAUUCUUUCGCACCCACUUCCUGGACCACCCUCUCCCUCCCCCCCGCUUUUGGAUCGACCUCCCUCUUCGCCUCUGCCCCGGGUUCCAAUCCUGUCAUUUCAGCACGCCUCGGUGACGGCCAUUUCGUGAGGGCGAACGCGCCAAUCUCUGCGGCGGCAUGUCUGUAUCUGUACAAGAGCUGGACAAUACGGUCCGCGCCUUCUUUGAGGGCAAGGGCGAUGUGGUACGUCAUGGUCCUUUUCGCGUCCCCCCCCGUGAACUCUGCGGAGACAAACCUUGUCUAUGAUUAUCAGACCUUGAAAUUCCAAGCUCACAGCAUCAUACAGCAAAAACAAGCCCAGCAAACCCUGACCGAAUUCAAACAAAAUCCGGAUGCCUGGGUCACGGUGGGCAAUAUCCUCCAGGAGGCAACCUAUCCUCAAACAAAGUACAUUGCUCUGCAAGUGCUCGACGAUGUGAUCAUGACCCGGUGGAAGGUCCUGCCCAGAGAUCAAUGUCAAGGCAUUCGAAAUUUCAUCGUCAAUUUCAUCAUCGAAAGCUCCGGCUCCGAAGAAAAACUCCACUCUGAGCGCACCUUUUUGAACAAACUCAACCUGGUCCUGGUCUCGAUCCUCAAGCAGGAGUGGCCGCACAACUGGCCCACCUUCAUCAACGAAAUCGUCUCCUCGUGCCAUGCCAGUCUGUCCAUCUGCGAAAACAACAUGGCCAUCCUGCGCCUGUUGUCCGAAGAGGUCUUCGACUUCUCACAGGACCAGAUGACCUCGGUCAAAGCUCGCAACCUGAAAACCUCCAUGACCCAGGAAUUCGCCUCUAUUUUCCAGCUGUGCUCUGAAGUCCUCAAUACCGCUACCCAGCCUAGUCUCGUCAAGGCGACCCUCGAGACCCUGCUCCGCUUCCUCAACUGGAUCCCACUGGGCUACAUCUUCGAAACGCCGAUCAUCAAUACCCUCCUCACGCGAUUCCUGGACGUGCCCGACUUCCGCAACUUGACCCUCAAAUGCUUGACUGAGAUCGGCGGCUUGCAGAUUGGUGCGCCCUAUAACUACGAUGAGAGACUCGUGCACAUGUUCACCGAGACCUUGACAACGGUCUCCAACGUGAUUCCCUUGUCGCUCGACUUGAAAGAGACCUACGCUCGGAGCAACUCACGCGACCAGGAAUUUGUCGCCAACCUUGCGCUGUUCCUCUCCAGCUUUUUCAGCGCCCAUCUGGAUCUCAUCGAGAAGUUACCCAACCAAGACUUCCUCACGCACGCCCAUUUCUACCUGAUCCGAAUCAGUCAGAUCGACGAUCGUGAGGUCUUCAAGAUCUGCCUGGAUUACUGGACGCGCCUGGUUCAGGAGCUCUACGAAGAAAUGCAGCAACUACCCAUUACCGACAUCAACCCGCUCGUGACGAUGGGGGUGAGUGGUCUAUCCAACGGUGGCGCGCCGCACCCCAGCACCUUGGCCAACUAUCCCCUUCGCAAGCACAAGUACGAGACCGUGCUCUCAAAUCUGCGCACGGUGAUGAUUGAGAAGAUGGUCCGUCCCGAAGAGGUCUUGAUCGUCGAGAAUGAGGAGGGUGAAAUUGUCCGCGAGUUUGUCAAAGAGAGCGACACCAUUCAGCUGUACAAGACCAUCCGUGAAUGCUUGGUUUACCUUACCCAUUUGGACGUUGUGGACACCGAGACCAUCAUGAUUGACAAGUUGGCCAAGCAAGUCGAUGGAUCCGAGUGGUCCUGGGCCAAUUGCAAUACCCUGUGCUGGGCUAUUGGAUCCAUUUCGGGUGCCAUGAACGAAGACACGGAAAAGCGCUUCCUCGUGACCGUCAUCAAGGAUCUUCUGGGCCUGACGGAACAGAAGCGUGGCAAAGACAACAAGGCCGUGGUGGCCAGUAACAUCAUGUACAUUGUUGGCCAGUAUCCGCGAUUCUUGAAAGCUCACUGGAAGUUCCUCAAGACCGUCGUCAACAAGCUCUUUGAGUUCAUGCACGAAACCCACGAAGGUGUACAAGACAUGGCCUGUGAUACCUUCAUCAAGAUUGCCAACAAGUGCCGGCGACACUUUGUCGCGCUGCAGCCCGGUGAAAACGAGCCUUUCAUUGAGGAGAUUGUUCGCAACAUGAGAAAAAUCACCAUGGACCUUUCCCCGCAACAGAUCCACACUUUCUACGAGGCGUGUGGAUACAUGAUCUCCGCUCAGGGUCAAAAGACUCUUCAGGACCGAUUGAUUGAGAAUCUCAUGGCGUUGCCCAACUCGGCAUGGGACCAGAUCAUCGCCGAGGCCAACCAGAACGCCGCUAUUCUCCAGGAUGGCAACACCAUCAAGAUUAUUGGCAAUAUCAUGAAGACCAACGUGGCGGCUUGCUCAUCGAUUGGAACUUACUUCUACUCUCAAAUCGGCCGCAUUUACCAUGACAUGUUGAACAUGUACCGCGCUUCCAGCCAGCUGAUCAACGACGCGGUUGCUAACGAUGGCACAAUCGCCCCCAAGACCCCCAAGGUCCGUGGCCUUCGCACGAUCAAAAAGGAAAUCUUGAAAUUGAUCGACACCUACGUGGAGAAAUCCGACGAUGUUGACAUGGUCAACGCGAACAUGGUCCCUCCUCUCCUCGAGGCGGUUUUGAUUGACUACAACCGUAAUGUGCCCGAUGCUCGAGAGGCCGAGGUGCUGCAUGUCAUGACUACUAUCAUUCACAAGCUCCACACAUCAAUGGAGGACAAGAUUCCCGCCAUCAUGGACAGUGUCUUCAGCUGCACCUUGGAGAUGAUCAACAAAGAUUUCCACGAGUACCCCGAGCAUCGAGUCCAAUUCUUCAAGCUCCUUCAGGCUAUCAACUUGUACUGUUUCCCCGCGCUCCUGAAAUUGGAUGGCACUCAGUUCAAGUUUGUUAUUGAUUCUUGCAUGUGGGCUUCCAAACACGACAACCGGGAGGUGGAGAGCACUGGUCUGACCAUGUGCUUCGAGCUGAUGAACAACAUGGCUGAAGCCGAUGUGCAAACCUCAAGCAUCUUCUUCCGCCAGUUCUACCUUCCCAUUUUGCAGGACGUUUUCUUUGUUCUCACCGACAGUGACCACAAGGCCGGCUUCAAGUCCCAGGCCAUGCUCUUGUCUCGUAUGUUUGAAUUUGUUGAGACUGGCAAAAUUCAGGAACCUAUCUAUGCUCCCGAACAAGCGCCCGCCGGCACGACAAACAAGCAAUUCCUGCAGGAAUACGUGGCAAACCUGCUUCAGAAUGCAUUCAAGAACUUGCAGGAGGCUCAAAUCAAGCAGUUUGUCCUUGGCUUGUUCGCAUAUACCAAUGACUUGAACAAGUUCAAGACUCACCUGCGCGAUUUCUUGAUCUCUCUCAAGGAGUUCUCUGACGAUAACGCCGAUCUGUAUGCAGAGGAGCGUGAACAGGCUGUUCGUGACGCUCAAGCUGCUGAGCGUAGUCGGGCAAUGAAGGUUGGAGGCUUGUUGAAGCCUUCGGAGAUGGAUCAGGAGGAUGAACUAUGA